GAGGAUUGUUGGCCGGACGAAAUUUUAUGGAAUACGCCCUUUGGUUCAUCUUCAGUACUGAAGUUGUUAUAGCACAGUUGACCCUGCUAUUCACAAUCUCCAUAUCUAACUAUUCCUCUGUGCAAGUGCCUUUGGCGCUUGUUGCACUGCUCAGUCUCUGCUUGAUCUUCCCAGCAAAGCCCCUGUUGUACCUGGGAAUAGAGUGUUCAUGUAAAGCCUAUCAGGUGUAUCUCGCAAAAUGGCAGCGCCCCUUGACAGUGGAAGCAGCGCUAUCCCCCCGAAAUCUUCUGAAAGCUUGGAGAAAUCCCAGACAAAUGCUCCUAACACAGCACCCGAUGACUGGGAUUCUGAGAGAAGAUUGGUCCUAGCUCUAGCGCAGCUACAGGAAAUGGAAACCAAGAUCCAAAAACUUCGAACCCUUGUUCCUACUCGGCUAUGGUCUCCAUUGGUCCCCGUGAUUGCCGAAAAGAAGGGAGACAUCCGCCUUCCGAGGCCAAAAUCUCCGCAGGAACUGUUUGAUCAAUUGGGCCAGGCUGCACGCGAGGGAAAUGAAGAGAUAGAGGCGUUUAGAGCUGCGUGGCGGAGCCCGGAGAUGCAGGCAACCUGGGAUCACGUUAACGGAAAGAUCAAGGAGAGCGGCGGAAACUAUCCACGAGGUAUAGGGAUGUGGCAACGAGAUUAUAAUGUAAUUCUCAAGCAACUUGACGCAGAAGUGGAAAACAAGAAAGAGGAGGAAGAGAGAAAAGAGCGUGAAGAAGAAGAAAUGAAACUCCUUGCGUCGAUCGGCAAUGGUUGGAGAGGUAUUGUCGAGUCCUUCGCCACUAACGAAGCGUCCGGUCUGGCCAUUAAAGUCAUCCCAUCCCCUGAUAAUACUGGCCAAUUUUCCAUACUGCUACGAAAUGUGUCAUUGUUUUUCUUCGUUCAGCAGGUUAACGAUAUUGACGGUCAGCGAGUCCAAGAGUGGCGUGUUACUAUGGAACCCCGAGCACAUGCAACAAAGCUAGGGCAGGACAUAUUCGAUUGCAUUCAAUCUCGGGAUAGAAAAUGGGAUUUGAAAUAUCUUCUGAAUUUUAUUUCGUCCUAUUCCAACAUCAAGGCGGCCCCAUGCAUCGGUUGCAAUAGUUUGAUCGACAGCAAGGCUCAACUACCAGUUAUUCGGAAGCCCAAAUUGGUGAGAUCCUCAGAAUCUGGUAGCGUAUUCGUAUGGGAGCCCUUCCAUCCUGCUUGUGUCUGAGCGUCCCGCGCUUCUUCCAACUCGACUAUCGUCGGCGAUCCUGGUCAAAUCCACCAAUGUUCCAAGGUCGGAUGCAAAGCCCUCACUCCAUGUGCGUCCCAGAAUGCCAAGGGUUCUCUGACAUAUGCGAGCGUUUGGUCAUCUGGAUAACAUACGUAACUCCAAGUGGCGGCAUCUGGAAUUUUGUAUUUUCUAGUUCUAAAAUCAUAUCUUUGCAGACCCCGGUCACAGCAUUUGAAAAGCGGUGAGAGUGUUGAAUCGUCGCUGUCGACUCCAUAAAUAUCCUGCCAGCGAGCCCAGCGUGGCGUUCUCGGACCCUUUUUAGGGCCAUCGAGGUUUCCCACGAAUAUGUCCGGCCCUUUGUUCGUAAGAACGUCUUUAAAGCGUCUUCCAAAUGGCCAUUUCAGUGGAUUCCCUGGCAAAGGAUCUUUGGGCCAGAUCCAGCCUUUCUGUCUCUUCAUUAUUUCUGUGAGAACUCAGUAUGCGAAAAUAUAGGGUUUAACGUGUUAUGGGUUUGAUGGGUUUUGAAGAUUUCAUAGCUUUUCACAGCCAAUGCAUAUCAUGGAUAUGAAAGAUUCAGAACUUCUCCAUUAUGAGAAUUACAGAAUCCCAGAUGCAUUCUCAAAUAGCCUUUUGUAUCCGUUCACCUGAUUUCAUGGAUGCAUUCUGUGGUUUG